AGAAAUGAGCACUAAAGAAGCAAUAGUGGUGGACAUUAUGAACUUUAUCGAAACAUGGGCUACACAGAUCAUCAAGGCGUAUAAAAUCUAUCCAGAAGAAGCCUUUAAGAGAGCACAACUCCCCUUUAGCACAAAAUCCAGAAGAAUUUUCAAUCUCCAGGUUGACGAGUUUAGAAUCGAUGCAUUGUCUUCAUAUUUAUCAAAUUUUGUCAAUGGGCUCAAUUACUUUCUCACUAACGAUCUGUAUGUGCUUGGUUUAAUAUGAAAGGCUGGAUGUGGUCACGCUUGAGAUCGUGCAGAGUAACACCGGAGAAGUGGCAGACAGCUUCAGUCUCAAAGUCUUUGG